UGAUAGAUAUGGCUACACGUGUCCCUUUUGUUUCCGCUACCACUGUUCCCAACCAAUGCCUUAAAUGCAGUUGGGUGGCGCAGUCACUUCCUCAACCAGUUUCUUCUUCGUCAUUAAGGCUUCCCUCUCUUCAAUUUUCUUCUUCUUCAUUGUCUUCGUUGUCACUUGCAGCACGGUUGAACCAUAAGGGUCUGAAGAGGGUGGGAAUCAGAACCAGUGUUGUAGCCAUGUCAGAGUCCCCCAUGAGCACUGUGCUUGUUACUGGAGCUGGUGGUCGCACAGGACAAAUAGUUUAUAAAAAUUUAAAAGAGAGGCCAAACCAAUAUGUAGCUAGAGGUCUGGUUAGAACAGAAGAAAGCAAACAGAACAUUGGUGCUGCAGAUGAUGUUUUUGUUGGGGAUAUAAGAGAUGCUGAAAGUAUUGCUCCUGCAAUUCAAGGUAUAGAUGCUCUCAUAAUCCUCACAAGUGCAGUGCCACAGAUAAAACCUGGGUUUAAUCCGACCAAAGGUAAAGGACCUGAGUUCCAAUUUGAUGAUGGCGCAUAUCCUGAGCAGGUUGACUGGAUUGGACAGAAAAAUCAAAUAGAUGCUGCUAAAGCUGCAGGAGUGAAACAGAUUGUGUUGGUAGGGUCUAUGGGGGGAACAGACCUUAACCAUCCUUUGAACAAAUUGGGUAAUGGGAAUAUAUUGGUUUGGAAAAGAAAGGCUGAGCAAUAUCUGGCUGAUUCUGGCGUUCCAUAUACAAUUAUAAGGGCUGGUGGGUUGCAAGAUAAAGAGGGAGGUCUUCGGGAACUCAUUGUAGGGAAGGAUGAUGAACUUCUCCAGACUGAAACUAGAACCAUACCUAGACCUGAUGUUGCAGAAGUCUGCAUUCAGGCACUAAAUAUUGAGGAGGCUCAAUUUAAGGCAUUUGACUUGGCAUCAAAACCAGAGGGAGCAGGUUCAGCAACAAAGGACUUUAAGGCUUUCUUUUCCCAGAUCACUACUCGUUUUUAAUUUUGAAUGUUGUUGUCAUGGUCUAAAAAUCCUUCUUAUCUAAAUUUGGGAGUGAACCAUAAAGCUAUCAGUGCUAUCUAAAGCAUAUUUACAUUGUGUCUUGGCAAUUUAGUAAAAGACUGUCCAAAGCAAGUUAUAGACUUCAUUAUUGCAAGGCUUGAGAAAAACUCUUAUCUUCUUAUCGGCGCAUCAGUUUUCCCUUGUCAUGUUAAUGAUAAGUGUAAUUGUUUGUA